GCUUCCUCGGAGCCGGCUCGCCCUCCAGCGGCCGGCCGGGCAGCGCAGCAGGAGCGGCCGGCCAGGAUGGGGAAGGCGCGGAGGUCCCCGGGCCGCAGGCGGACGCCGCCGGCCCCUCCACCCGCCCGCGAGCGGGCCGCCAAGAGCGCCGGCCGGGCGCCGGCCAAGCCGCAGCCGGCCAAGACGACGGGCGCGGGGCCGGGGGGCGCGGCGGGGGCGGCCGAGGAGGAGCCCCCCAGCCUGGCCCUGGGCGCGCAGCGGGAGCGCUGGCUGCAGUUCCAGAAGCGGCAGCGGGUCAGCUGCGAGGAGGCGGCCAAGCUCCUGCUGGACACCUUCGAGUACCAAGGGCUGGUGAAACACACAGGAGGCUGCCAUUGUGGGGCUGUCCGGUUUGAAGUCUGGGCCUCCGAUAACCUCCAUGUCUUUGAUUGCAACUGCAGCAUCUGUGUGAAGAAACAGAACAGGCAUUUCAUCGUCCCGGCUUCCCACUUUAAGCUCUUGAAGGGUGCUGACCAUCUCACCACGUACACCUUCAACACCCACUGCGCCCAGCACACCUUCUGCAAGACGUGCGGCGUCCAGAGCUUUUACACGCCCCGUUCCAACCCAGACGGCUACGGAAUCGCGCCCCACUGCCUGGAUGAAGGGACCAUUACGAAGAUCACCGUGGAGCCCAUCAACGGCAAGGAGUGGGAGAAAGCCGUGAAAGGCCAUCCCGCCAUCAGGAAUAUGUCAAAGCCGUGACUGUCCUGGUUCUGGAAACCACAACGGGUCCUCACGUCUCCCUUCUUCAACUCGGGUUUCAUUUAGGAAACCAAAGAGUGCCAUUUUGGGGGGCAAAAUAUUCUUUCUCUACUGCCUAUUUCCCCCAUCGAUAGAAUAGCGGCAUAGAAAUAGGAUUGUCUCAAUUCUACGCCCCUCCUUAAAAAAAAAAUUAUAGCCUUCUUGAGAAAAAGAGCGCUAAAGGAAGAUUUGAACACCGCGAAGCCCCCCCAAAUACGCCGUAACAUGCAAAGAUCCGGAGGGGAAAUUCCCACGGAGGUGUUCCUGCAGAUAGCCCUCGACGUAUAAUCUUUCAUUGAGUGACAAUAGCACUGAAAAAUAGUGACUUAAGACCGUUUUUCACACUUUACGACCGUUGCAGGCCCUCUACGGCCACAUGGUGAAAAUUCAGAGGCUUGGCAACUGGCAUGUACUUAAGACGGUUGCAUGUGAUCCUUUUUGCAACCUUUUUGAAAAGCAAAGUCGAUGGGGAAACCCGUGAGACUUAAGAGCCGCAGUGACUCCCUUAACAACGGGGGCUAGAAAAGCUGUACAAUGGGGCAAACCUCACUUAACAACUGUUUCAGUAACUGAAAUUGUGGUCGUAAAUUGAGGACUACCUGCAUUUGGGGGCAAGGAGAUCUCCUGCAAGGGGAAGCAGGAUCCCCGUUAAGGCAGCCUGAAGAUUUGGAGAAGAUCUCCAUUUUUUUUUUUAAAGAAAAAUGAAAAAAAAGUAAAAUGGAUUCUUAGAUUAAGUUUUAAUUUAAUUUUAUUUUUUGAAGGAGGCGCUGAUCCCUCAUGGUGCUGAGAAUAAUUUCCCUAGAGGCCUCUUUUUAUGACGGCCUUGGUUCAAUCCGGGGCUAAGUUAGUAGCCAGAGCUGCACAGACUUUAAGAUUAAACUCGGUUUGUUCUGGGAAUUGGGGUGGGGACUGUCUUUGCGUAUUGUGUAAAUGCCUAAAAUGGCUCCAUUCAGUUUUCAGGUUUAGAGUUAGGUAUGAAUGCUGUUUUAAUGUCGCUUUGUCCAAAAUGACACUUCUCACUUUUGAAGAACUUCUUCUUUUGGAAAAACAAUAAAAAUACAUAUUUUUAAAACA